CAGUUAGUAUUUCACUUUCGGUCAAUGUACUUCGGUGCAGCCUAGAAUUGCAGUCUCUAUUAUAAAAAAAAAACCUUGAACUUGUCCCUUAUCAAUGUUAAAUAUUAUUUGUUAAAAGUGUUCAAUUAUUAUUAUUUUUUGUUUAUGUUUGAUUUAAGAAUUAUCAACAAUAGCAGACGAAUAAAGAGAACACAAAAUGUCAAAUUCAACUCACUCAAAACUGAUGGCAACUAUCGGUAUAGGCCUGGGUGUAACCGUUAUAUCCGGCAUUUCCUACUUGUACUACAGGUACACAAAAAAGGAAGUAAUUCCAACAAAAUGGAAAUUAGUUGGAAAGCUUGACGAGCUUUUUUUGUAUCCUGUAAAAUCUUGUGGUCCAAUUGAAUUGGAUGAAGCUGUUUGUGAGAAUCUUGGAGUCCGUAAAGGUGAUAUCAAGGAUAGAGCUUUGAUGAUUAUUGAAGAAAGUGGACAAGUUGUAACUGCCCGACAAUACCCACAUAUGUUUAAAAUUUCACCAAAAGUUGUCGGACGAUCAAAGUUAAUUUUUUCCGCACCUGGAAUGAAAGAUUUACACUUUGAUUUUGCUGCUCUAGGUGAUGACUCCAAUGGUGAUAUCGAGGCACUUAUCUAUGGAUUCACUGCUACAGUAUUAGACUGUGGUGAGAUCUACCAUAAAUGGUUUUCACAAUUUAUUUUAGAUAAACCAGAUGGUUUGAAAUUAGUUUAUUAUCCAUAUUCUAUUGCAACAAGACCGAUUGAUAGAGAUUAUGUGGAAGGAAUUUUCAAAAAACAAGAUACUGGUACUUUUCAUGACCAAUCUAGUUAUCAUUUAAUGAAUGAGACAACUGUUCAAGAAUUAAAUGCACGUUUAAAAGAUAAAGUUCCAAUAUCACAAUUUCGUGGAAAUUUCAACAUUAGAACUAUUGGAGAACCUUAUGAAGAAGAUUAUUGGGAUUGGAUACGAAUUGGUGAUCAAGCAAUUUUUCGAAAUUUGGGACCAUGUUAUAGAUGUAUAUUGCCAAAUAUUAAUCCAUAUACAGCAGAGCGUCAUACUGAAGCAGAACCAUUGAAAACUUUGAGAAAAUAUCGUGAUGUUAAAGGUACUAGAUCUAAAGCUCCUGGAUUGGGUAUUCAACUGGGACUUAGAGCGGAAGGAGUUGUAAAGAAAGGCGACUGUAUCUAUGUUGAAGAUCUUCCAUAAUAAAAUAAUCUUUUUGUUUAAUUAGUUUUUAAGUUUUCUAUAAUGUUAUGUUGUUUAGCUGUAUAAAAAUUAUU